AUGGGGAGAUCUCCAUGUUGUGGUGAAAGUGAUCAUGAUGUGAAGAAGGGACCCUGGUCAGAAGAAGAGGAUACAAAGUUAGUAGAUUAUAUCCGCGAACAUGGGCAUGGGAAUUGGCGAGCGCUCCCCAAACGUGCUGGUCUGAACAGAUGUGGAAAGAGUUGUCGGCUUCGAUGGAACAAUUAUCUCCGACCCGAGAUCAAGCGAGGGAAUUUCUCCGAUGAGGAGGAGCAAAUUAUCGUCAAACUCCACUCCAUUCUUGGUAACAAGUGGUCUAAAAUUGCUACAGAACUUUCGGGUCGUACUGAUAAUGAAAUUAAGAAUUAUUGGAACACACAUCUUAAAAAGAAGCUUCUGAAAAUGGGCAUCGAUCCAAAUACUCAUAGACCUAUUUCGGAGCUCAAUACGAUUAGUUCAAAGUUAGUUAUAACCGUCAAAAGAAGAAAUGGACUCUUAAUGAACUCAUUUCUCACUGUGUUGAAGAGGAAGAAAGAAUGA